UAAAAAUUCCGAUCGAUCGGUCUGCAAUUAUUCUAUUCAUCUCCAUUGAACUGAAAGCUCGCGCAAAAUCGUGUCAUAUUUCGUUGAGGAAGUUCUAGCGAAACGUGAGCACUUUCUCGAGGGAGCAAGGCGUCUACCUACGCUGCAAUUCGCCCGGCCUAUAUUUAUAAAGCACGACCUCGUGGCACUCGCGUUUGCCACUACCGCCUACCUAUCAUGGUCCCGCGUGCAAAUCAGCGCGCUGUCUAGUUCUCUUCUUCCUAAUUUCCGAACGUACGAAAACGGGUCAGAGAGCUAUUUUCGCGCGAAACGACCCUCAAAGCCUCGAAAGUACCGCAACGACGCGAUACCUCAUUAAACCAAAUACCACGUAUUUUAUCACGCUACCGCGUCAUACUUCCUUCUUCUGCUUCCGCUAGUUUCGAUCGAUUUCAAAACGUCGCUAAGGUGUCCAAUCAAAGUGGCGUACCGAAAUGUCAGAAAUAGAAGAUCUGCAGAACGCAUCGAAACAGGAUGACACUCAAGAAGACACAGCGGAAACAGCAGAGAUCGACAAUGAAGAACCGAGCUCGAUAGAGGAAUCAGAUAGUUCCGAGUUAUCGGAAAAGUUGUCUAAGACGGAAUCAGAGGAGGAACGAGAAUCAAUUAAAGAGGAAGAACAAAAAGAGACGCCGAGUCACGAAAAGUCGCAAAAGGAAGAAACGCCAAAUUCAGAACUGGCGACCAUCACGAGGAGCGCGUCGUCGGACGACAGCAUGCCAGCGUCAAUGUCGGGGACCGCCGUGAAACAGGUGGAACCGGGCGAGCCGAGGAUACCGCCGGCGACCGCGGCCGGUGCCGAAGAUGCAACACAGCAACGUCACGUCAGGAGCGGUCCUAGCACGACAGUUGGUGAGUGGAAUUCAUUGCCGGUACUGGUAGAACGUCUGCGCGAGGCGGUCGAGCUGUCCUUGGCAGCGGGUCACCGACGAGGAGGCGGCGGCGUUGACGAACCGACGUCGACGUCACUCACCGAGCCUGUCGACAUCGAUCGAUCGCGCGCACGCCAUUCCAUGGAACAGGCGUUGCUCACCGGCGGCUGCGACCACGAUGAUCUCGAGUCGAAGAAGGACGAGCUCAAGUUCCUGGAGGAUCUGCUGCUGUCGGACAUCCAGACCGCGCUCUCCCGUCUGCGCGAGACGUUGGAGCGUACGGAUGUCGCGACGCUCGCGAAACACGGCGGCGUGUCGGACCCUACGAGCAAGCUGCAUCUCCUGCGUCUGGUGUCGAGUCUGUUGUCGCGGCUGCAAGUGCCGGAGGAGGGAGCGGGGGGCGGAGGCGGGACGACCCGGACGACCGACAUCGCGGUGCAAAGCGGCGGCGUGCCCGUCGGAAGAAGACGUCGCGCUGUCAGGCACACCAUCGGCGUUUCCGCCGAGGAAAUCGCUCACGCGAGGAAGCAGCUGGAGGAGAGCAGCGCGGACUUGGCGAGACUGAACGACCAAGUCUCGGGUCAACGGCGGGAGUUGUUACUCCCAGCGAAGCACAACGCGACGAACAGCAACGAGAGACAUGUGGAGGAAAUUCAUGACAAGUACACGAAGGACGCGAUUAAUCAGCGUCAGUCGUUGCGCGACAAGAACAAAGAUUCCCACGGGGAUGUCGGCGCGUACCGACUGCUAGCCCCGUCGCAAAUUGACGUCGCAAAUUACGCGGACCGGCCGAUCGCCGCGGAAACGGUGAACGAUGCGAAUACACAUCGAAGCCGACGCCGGGGCAGCGUCGACAGUUAUCAAGAGAAGGAGAGCGACGACGAGGAGACUGCGAUGAAAAGAGCGAACGAGGAGCAAAGUCGCGUGACGAAGCUUGCGGCGGCGCUUCGGCAGCGCGCAGAAUUUCUCAGUGCAAACAAAAACAACAACAACAACAACAACAAAUUCACGGUGAAGAAGUCCAAGAUCAAGCGCGCUAACACCAUCGACAUACCGAGUUAUCUCAAGCUGCAGGCCGGGAAUCUCGGUUACGACAAUCCCGGCUGCAUUCUGCUGCGACGACCUAUCAACGUGAGCGACAAGAUCACCUCGAACACGUCCAACCCCGCUGUGCCGCCCUCGUUUCAACCCAGAACGGAGAACGACAAGAAGUUCUUGGCGCUCAUCAACCGGAACAACGAGACGCAGGCGGUCAACACCGCGCCCGCUUUCGUCAAGUCCUUCGGCUACACGAAGAGGACGGACACAUCCGCGCACGAGAAUUGGAACAGCCGGUUCUCGAAUAUUAAGACGGCCUUCGACAAGCCGUCCGCCGUGAGCGAGGAGAGCAAGGCGUCUUCGAAGCCGCAGCCUUCCGCGAAACGUUCUCCGGGUUUUGCGCCGCAAACGUCCCCGAGCGCGACGCACAAGAGAGCACAGAUUGACGGCACCUCGCACAACAGCUUCCCGUUCGCGAACGCGAACGUCGCGAAGUCGGACGCGGGUUUCAGACACGCGCCUUCGUCGUUAUUCCGAAAAAUCGACAAGUCGCAGACUCCCAAGUCGCCGCCGAUCCAUCACUGGCAAAGGGAGAACGUGCCAGCCAACACGAAUACCUUGCGAGAGAAAGCCAGAAUUAUGUUCGAUCGAGAUAACGCUCAAUCUCAACCGCCGUCCAAGUUCAACGUGAGCAAAAAUUCGCAAAAGUCAGCCUUCCCUCGACCGCCGUGGCUCGAACACGACAAGAACGAGGGUAAAUCGAGCAACAUGGUCACCGAGAACGGACGAUUGGAUUAUCGGCUGUUCUGCAAGCAAUUCGCACCGUUCAUCGGCAAGAAUACCACUCCGGAGUCGAGGAAAUCGCAGAACAUCGAGGAAUCCCGCAAACGCAACCAGCACUCGAACGCGCAUUGUAAAAAUGUCGCGUCGCCGAGCGAGAAACUCGGCGCGACGAACGGAAGAGCUCCCUUCAAGAUAUUCCCCGCGCAGGAAUCGCGGAUCGAACACUAUUAUCCAAAUGAGCCGCGCCGCGAAGCCGAGGGAGCAAUUCGGGACAAACUUCACAGCAAAAAGGACACGUUCGAGCCCGCCGAGACGCGCGGUGACAAGAGCCCGUUCGACGUUGCAUUCGCGAGGAAUGCAGCCGCAUUCGACGCAACGCUCAGAGGUGGCUCCUCGUCCGUUCAGACGGCGGUUGUCAACGGCGAUGCUCAUCCGGAAGAGACGCGUGUGCUUCGCGUGGCUCCUAAAAUCUCGAAAGACCUGCGCAACAACGUGCCGAAAAUAGAACUCAGCGAACAGUGGCUGAUGCCUCGAGAUGAGCGCAGCGUCAAUCCGACAUCGGAAUCGAGUUAUCGCUCUGAGAAUCCAGGGCACUUGAUUCUAGAUCACAAUCGGAAUUAUCAUCCCGCGAGCACAAUAGACAUUGCUCCGAAUGAAACUUCGCCCUUCGCAAACAAGAAUGCGUGCAACCUCGUCAAGGAAGACGCCGCUUGUGUGCUAAAUCCGACGGAGAACGUCGUUCCUUUUCGAACGACUUCCGAUCAUCCGGCGGAAGAGCGGGAGAUUUUCCAAGUGAAGUCGCAAAAUGAAAAUUCUUUCUCGUACAAGCCAGCAAUCGAUAAUCGAUCGCAAAUAUAUUCGAAUUACUCCUCAGGCAUUAAACCGUUCGAGAGUGAAAUGUCAAAUACGUCGUGCGAAGUCGACAGGCAAGAUUUCCUGCGUGCGAAUGACGGCGCAUUGCCGGAGGAGCAAAAUAUUCAAAAUCAGGACAUCAGCGCGGACGCCGGCGUUGUCACGCGGUACACGUGUGCUAUAGCGACCGUCGCGUCCGCGGACAUUCCAGAAGCGCGAUCGGAAGGAAUCAGACCGGAAUCCAGGGAAUCGCUCUCCUCGUCUCCGUCGCAACUCGGAUCGUAUUCUAGAGCGACAAGCAGCGACGCGAGCGCGACCGAGAAUGAAAUACGCCGACACAACAUGCUGCAGCAGAGUCUCGUCCGUCGGCUGCAAAACGAGCGUACGAUGUUGAACGAUUAUCGCGACGCGCUUAUACCGAGCCAGCCCGGCAGCUUCAAUCAACCCUCGAAGUUUCAAUCACCGGAAACCCCGCCGAAAAGACUGGAGCCGCGGAAAUUGGAAUCGCCGAGGAGAUUCGAACCGCCGUCGAUCGUCACCGGUUUAUUGUCGGUAGCGCCGUCCUCGGCGUCCGGGAUGAACCGCGUCACCGCACUCAGAGGGCAAUACGAACAACCAGACGGCCAAGCGAAAUCCGUGCAAAAAGAACGCUCGCCGAUUCCAGGUGACGCGAUAGACUCGAGCGACGAGUAUCUAGUAUCCUGCACCAACAAGCCGUCCAGAUCCAUCGUCCUGUCGAAAUCCGAGUCGUGGCAUCAACUGGCGCUCUCCCGGAAUCAUCACUCUUCGCCGCGUCUGUCCGCGCAGGACACUUUACCUCCGCAACCGCCUCCGCCCGCAAGCACAUCUUACCUUCCGCCCAAGCCCAAGUCCAAAUCACCGUCGCCCUACAGAAUGAAGAAGCAGUACGAGGCGUCCUCGUCCUCGGACAGCGUAAAGAAAAUGGAGAGCAAGAUUCGCAGGUACUUUGACAAUCCGACAAACGACGGCGCCGCGGAAGCGAGGGAUUCCAAGGGCAGGCGUUUCUCGUCGCGCGACUCGCUCAAGAAUCACGGUCUCAUCGGUCUAUCCAGAAGUCGCACUAUGCCGGGGAUAUGCGACGAGAGCACGCUGCGUCUGGUGAUCCCGACAGCGCCGCAAAUUUCUGUGUCAAGUCUCAACACCGCCGACGUGGAUAAGGUGUUCGACGACAUCUUCGAGGAGGCCACUAAAGCCGAUGAUCAUCACUUCUAACCAGCCAAUUUUCCUCUCAAGUGUCAUAAGUCCGAGCGCGAUAUACCAACACGAGGCACUGAAUGCAAUAAAGUGAUGGUUUGUCUGAGACUGCCAAAAGUACUUCUUGUGUAAGCCGAUGACGCGAUGCUCUGCGCCGUGUUGAACAUUGUGAUAAAAAUGCUUUAUUACGAUAAAGUGUGAUUUUACUCGACAGCGUGGCCUGCAGUUGUAAUCUUGGAUGAUACGCCAUUCUCAUCGGUCGGUUUAUUCUAAUCAGACUGUUUAUAUUUUAAAAGUUUGUAUAUAAUUAUUGUUGGUUACUAUUUUUAUUUAUUUUGGUUAAUGCUAAAAUUUAUUAUUCCUCUGUUUUCUUUCAAAUUUAACUUUGAUUAAUGUGUAGUAGAAUAUUUUUUUCGUAUAAAUAUGAAUCCAAUAUUAUCUCAUUACAUUUUGCAUGUAAAAUGUCAUGUAUUUUAUUUAGAAAAGUUAUUGGUUAUUUUUUAUAGAUUUUUGUAGAUUGAAAAGAAUUGACGGUAGUUAAUGCGCGCUUAUAUGCGCUUAGUGAGAUUCGGAUUUACGAUCGCAGAAGUGAUUUGAAAUUUAUAUUAAAAUUUUCUUCGAACAAUCUUACAUUUCAACAGGUCUGAUUAGAAACCGCAUUUUUGAAGUACAGAAAUGUUUCGUGAUGCACCGAAACACAAAGUUAGCCAGCUCUCCACGGAAGAAAUAUUA